UCCUAAUCGGAGGGAUUCCGGUGGUGUCCGCGGCCUUCGAGUGCCUGGACCCUGCCCAGGUCCUCGACGCCCUACCAUAUUCGAGCAACGGUACAUCCGUGCUCUCUGGUGGGAGGGUGAACUAGACAACCCCCCACUCUGUUACCAUUGCUCGACCCCGUGCCGUUAAGAGUUACUUAGAUAAUCUUCUCGAUAACCAGGUUAUUCGAGUGAUGGAAGGAAGCAGUGAGGUUGAUUCUCUCACCGCGAGCACGAGUGGUAGGAGUGAGAAUGUAGGGACUCUACCUCGAGGGAUAGCCCACUUCCACCUACGGGGGCCUUUGAUGGAUUUCAUAUCGGGAAAUCUCCGGUUCCUCGAGAGCUCCUACUUCAUCAAGCACCCCUAUGCCCUUUAUAUACCGGAGCCUAUCGAAACUGUCUGCACCCCUCCAACGGGCAGCAUAGCUUUGUACAAGGCGCACCUCGAGCUCGGGUUGAGGUUUCCUCUACACCCCUUUAUAGUCGAGGUACUAUCAUCUUAUGGUCUGGCCUUAUGCCAGCUUAUGCCCAACAGAGUGGGCUCAAUGGUUGGGUUCCUGGCAGUAUGUAGGAUGAUGGAUGUCCCACCCUCCUUGGUUUUAUGGAGGAAUAUGAUGAAGUUGGUCGCCACGUCCGUAGGUCCGAACGGGGAAGGCUGGUGGAGCUUACAGGUUCGACAUCCUUACAAGAUCGUGGGUGCUAUGCCUACAAACCAGCAGUUUUUUCGUACUGAGUUUAUGUAUGUGUAUCGAGCCGAAUAAUGGGAUUUCCCCGUGGUCCCUCUACUCGAGGGGCCUAAUGUAUGGUUGAACAGGUUUGUACCUCGGAUGUCGGAGGAUGAGGCUAGGUAGCCAUUUACUGCCAAUGUCUCACUAUCCUCGAGAGGGGUGAUAAGAAGCAGGUCCCUGAGUUUUGGAAUCCUGCCGCAGAUGACCUGAGCAAUGAACAUUUUCUGUCGGCACUAGGGUUGAGCCCAGCCUAUCCCCAGGUUAUUGCUCGCCAGGAAUUGAACGAGGAGAUGCAAAAGCGACUGACCACCAAUCAGAGGGUCCAAGAGCAGCUCAAGAUGAAGCUGUCGAAGGGCGACAACAAAGGCCCUCGAGCCCCAAAGGAUCCUUCAAAGAGGCCGAAGGUCCAUCCUCCCACCAAGUCCGCUGUCGUUACUCCUCAGGGGGAGGUCGAGAGGAGAGAGGUGGCUUCGAAGGAUAUUCCCUGACCAACGAAGGACACUUCAAAGUGCAAGGGGAAGGCGGUCGAGAUACCAGGGACGGAAGAUGUUUCCCUAGUUCGAGAGGAAGAAUUCCAUCUCUCGAAGAAGAGGAAGGCGGUAGAAUCCGAGGAUGAUACUUGGAUUUCACACAGAAGUCUACUCUUGAGAAGGCUUACCUCUUCGACACGGUGGUUAAGAGGUUUAUCUCGAAGCCAGACCUGAAGCUGAUCCGCAGCCUCUUUGAGGAGGAGGAGGUCUAACAAGUUCACUCAUCCUGGAUUGACCACUCGAUCCAUAUGGCGGUGAUGAGCCAUCGACACACUGCUGGCUUCCGCAAGCUUCGAGCGGGUUUGAAGGAGAAAACUGAGCUGGCUGAGGAGCAGGCCAAGGAGAUCGAGGAACCGAACAAGGGCUUCAAGGCGGAGAGGGCACUCUGGGCCACGAAAAAGGCCGCCUUCGAGCAGAGGAUCAAGGACUUGACGAGCCAAAGAAACUGUGUCCUGUGCCAGCGAGAUGAGAUCAUUGAGGAAUGGAAGACCUCGAAAGCUGGGCUAGAAUUCGCGGUGGAUAUGGGCUUGGAGGCGUCCGAAGUAGCUGCUCGAGAGGCGGUGGAUAGGCUCCAGACUGCCUUCUGGAAGGUGUAUCCCCAAGCGAGCUGGUCUCCAGUCGAGGCAAAGUACAAUAUUUCUGCUGAGGCAACUUUCCGCGAGGGUGGUGAGGCCGACCCCACGCUCGAGGUGGAUGAUGCCAUCGACAUGGACGAAUUUAUGGGAGGGGAGCCUCAUCAGGUCGAGAACCCCCUAGCUCCCGGAGGACCCAUUGCUGACGAUGAGGUGGUCCCAGAGAGCUCGAGCGACCGGGUGGCCUCGAGUGACAGUUCCUCUGAUAGUGGCGACGACGAGGUAGUCUCUGAGACCUCGGAGAGCGACUCCUCGAGCAGCUCUGCUUAGUUUCUUGCUUUUUAGGCCUUUUUGAUAUCUUUUGAUUUUGUAUUUAUCAGCGCCCUGCGAGGCAGUUUAGGUUACUUUUGGUAGAAAUGAAGAUUCAUUUUCAGCCAAGCCCUUAGUGGCUUUUAGGAUGUACUUUGUUCUUUGAUGGAAUUGAAGAUUCAUUUUUUUCUCAUCUCUUUCUCUUAUUUUAUGUCCUUCGAUGUUAUAUGCUAUUCGGUGCU